UCGAUACCAAUGAAAUAGCCGUCGUAUCUGAAAAAUGGCUUGUCAAGGAAAGUGGCACAGACAGUUCCGAUGAUACCGUUCUUUGGCCCCCUGUCAAAACAUCAGUCAAACUAGGUUUGGCAUUAAAACAACAUGCCGAGCCAGACAACACCUGGGUGUCCUGUAGAAUUAUAAGGACAAUGUACACUACUGAUUUGUUGCAAAAAGCGCUAAGGAAGGCAAAGGAGGCAGAGGAUGAGUCUGACAUUCUUACUGAUAUAUGCACAGAUAGUACUCUAACCACUUCAACACCAAAAAAGGGGAAUAAAAGGAAGCAUAGGCCAAACCCACGAUUCAUGGAUUCAGAAUCAGAGAAAGAGAGUGAAGGUGAUUACCCAACUCCGCCAAAAAAAAUUCCUGAAGCUCGAAAAGUUACACCACAAUUUCGGGCUUCAUUAAGGCCACAACCUAAAGUGUCUCUAAGUUCACAACCUCCAAAGUCUGCAAGUCCUCACCCUCAGGAGUCUUCAAGGCCACAACCUCAGGCUACACCAAGACUGCAACCUCAUGAGUCUUCAAGGCUGCAAACUCCGGUGUGUACAACGACGCAACCUCAGGAGUCACGAAAGCCUCACCAGGUGUCACUAGGGCCACAACCUCAGGCGUCACGAAAGCCUCAUCAGGUGUCACUAGGGCCACAACCUCAGGCGUCACGAAAGCCUCAUCAGGUGUCACUAGGUCCACAACCUCAGGCGUCUCCAAAAUCAUCAUCAUCGACAUCUAGCUCAGACCAAGCUCAGAAUAUUCUCUCGGGUCGUGAUGUAGUAAUACUCAGAACCCUGGAAGACAUAAAACAGGGUCAACGCGAAAUGAUGGCAAUGAUUUCUGGGCUGGUGAAACGACUUGAUGGUUGUGGGGAGAAAAACACAGAUGUUCCAGAUGGAGUUUAUCUUCCAAUAUCAACAGAGGAACAACUCAACCAUACGGAAGAAAUCCUUAAUGAGCCAGGCUCCAUGAAAAUGAUGGUCAGCUAUUUCUCUAGUUAUUGGGGUGGAUCUUCAGUCAAAAUGAUGACUAAGCGAAUCAUGAAGGAAGCCCUUCACAACAGCCUUGCUGUGCAUUACAAUUGGACGGGAGCCAAAGGAAAGAUGUCAUUAUGGGUCACUGAAACUGAGUUCUGCAGUUCUUAGGGCUGUACAGAGAAACUUUCCACAGGCAAAUGGACAUGAUAUUUGAGUUCUUUAUCAAAGAUUGGCUUAGAAAUGCAUCAGACAGAGAUG